AUGGAAACAAUUCCUAGCACUGGAAGCAUCGAAGAAAGAAAAAAGAGAAAUUUCGAAGAAGAGAAAAGAAAAAGAAGGUGCGAAAAUACAUUCGAGUAUCGUGUUUCAGAGCCCAGACCAACAUCCGCUUCGUGGUAAUGUAAGACGAAAAAGGUGUGUUGACUGAAGAAAAAGAUUAAAUUGAAUUUGUGGAAAAGGGUCUUCAAGUUCAAGUUAUUCAGCUAUUUAAUGUUAAUUUAUUCCUCUGAACGAGGCAUCAGUGGCGCGAAAAUUGUUUUUCCUCCAGUCGAGCGAGAUCUCUUUGCUGCUUUGGAUCCAAUUUGCGAAAAAAUCCAGCCUUUUCUGAACCAUAUUUAGCGGAAUAGGAUCAAAAAUGCCUUAUUUGAAAAACAUUAGAGAUACACUCUUCAUCUGAAUUUUUGCGAAUAAAAAAAUAUCGAGAUUUUUUUCUAUCUAAAUAUUAAUCUCAGAACUUUUGAGAGUACCUCGAGUGUUUUUUUUUUCAAACUAAAGCUAGUUUUGAAGUUAAUUUGCGACCGAAAAAGAUAUUUAAUCUAAGUUAAAGGGGCAAAAAAAUGAGAAAAACGCUCAAAAAAAUGAAAAAAAGUUAUGAUUGAAGUUAAAGAAGAUCUAUUUAUUGAUUUUUUUAGACGCGUGAUGACAAUAUUUAAAGUUAAUUAACUUAUGCAAGUUUGGUUUGAAAUUUCCUCAUACCAAGAAGUCAUGACGUAGAAAUGCAAUACUCAAUUAACUUGAACGAGUUUUAAGACUCGAAAUAAUAUUGAAAAAAAAAACAGAAACGGAAUCCAAGGCGAGGACAGAAGAGAGACAACUGGGAUUGAUUGGGAGUGGCCGGUGACUGACGGGCGGGACGUCUUUCCGGAAACGACGACGUCUAAACUUGGCCAGGCCCUCGAGACGUGGGAACAUCCGAGAAGAGCCGCAAGAACAAUCAAGAAGAAGUUCGUGGGCGGAUCGCUUCAAAAAGGUCGAACGGAACAAGAAAUGACGAGGCUGAAUUACUGA